CUGAUACUGCGCUUCCGUCAUAAGCUCGUCAGAUAAAUAGUACACGGAAAUAUCUUAGUUGUCAUCAGACUACGAGACAAUUCCGACGAGUGCAAGAUGAAGAGGUGUGAAAUGUUUUUGUUACUUGUAUUUUCCGCAAGUGCACUUUCAGAUGGAGGCGGACUAUUGCGAUCGUGCAAAAUAAAGGAUAUAGAGUGCCUGAGCAAAUCAACGGAACAGUUCUUAGAAAAAACCUGUAAAGGUAUUCCGGAGGCUGACAUAAGAGCCAUCGAUCCUUUAGUAAUACCGGCUUUGGAGUACACGGCACCAGACAUUGGCGGUGUUUCGUUACAUUUUAAAAACAUUAACAUAUCCGGAUUAAAGAAUCAGAUGAUAUCCGACUUCCAGAUGGACAAAGACAAAAAAUCAGUAGUACUGAAAUUAAACGUCGCCUUAAACAUAGUUAGUGAUUUAGAUGUAAAGUUAUCAGGAAUUUCGAAAACUUUGUCUGGAACAUACAAAGCUAAAGCAACUACCUUGGCAACUGCUAAUUACAAUUACGAUUUAAAAAAUAACGAUAAAGGAGUUCGUUAUUUUGAAGUUCUUCCGGAAACAAUAACUUGUAGUAUUGUUGGAGAACCUGAAGCAUCUUUGAAUGAUGAACUAGUUCAAGCACUACGUAAAGAUGAACAUAUUCAAGAAGGUAUUGUAAAAUAUGAAAAGAAACGUGACGAAUGCAAAGAAAAAACUAUUUGUAAAAUAGUUCAAAAAGCAUAUGAGACGGUAAUACACAAUAUUCGAGCUGCUGCAAAAUUCUUACCAGCAGAAGACUUUUUCCAAGACAUAUAACAUACUGGAUCUUAGCUUCAAAAAAAAAAACAAUGUACACAGCAGCUUUGGUAAAUAAAGUUAUUUACUCAAGACUACUCAACAUUUUAUGAUUGAAAUGUAUUUGUUAAUGUAAACAGUGUGAGUUGU